UGAUCAGCGGAGAGGAGUCACGUGGUGCCGGAAAUAAAGUGCGCAACUAUUUAUCGAGAGGAUCGAAUUCAUAACACACUCCAUCAUUGAACACUAUCCUCUGCUUUAGUCGAGUGUUGAUCAGCGGGAGAACAUGACGCUGAACCGGAACCAUCACCCGAACGGAGGAGUGCUGAUCCAGGCCGGAGAGAGCAUCUUACGAGAAUGUAAGAACGUCGAACUUUCCUUCAGUGACAUCACACCCAAGAAUGACCUGUUCAAGGGGACUAAGAAGGGCUCUGUCUACCUCACCCAGUACAGGAUGGUGUUCGUGAGCAGCGCAAUGAAAGACAAGUUCUGCUCCUUCAUGUUUCCAUAUUACCUGAUGAAGAACUGCAGCAUCGAACAGCCAGUUUUCGCCGCCAACUUCAUUCAGGGUCUGAUCAAAGCUGAAGCGGGAGGUGGCUGGGAAGGUCAGGCCAACUUCAAGAUGUCGUUCCCCAGCGGAGGCGCCAUCGAGCUGGGACAGCACCUCUUCAAACUGGCCACUAACGCGUCUCGAGCUCCUCCGGCUCAGAACGGAGCGUUCGGAAUGGCCGCAGGGAUGAACGGAUACGCCAGUCCAGCCAUGCCGCAGCCGUACCCGUAUCCCAGCAUGCCACAGGCCGCGUACAACCCCUACCCAUACCCCCCCACUGCUGCAGGUGUGUAUCCCAGCGCUCCCAUGUACAUGGCUCCGCCUCCUCCGUAUCCCGGACCACCACAGGACUGGUGUCCUCCUCCAGUCGCUCCAGGAAAUGCCAAAGCAGCAGAAGCAGCCAGCAGCGCGUUUUACAAUCCCAGCAACCCUCACAACGUCUACAUGCCCAUGGAUCAGCCACCUCCAUAUUUUCCUCCUGAGAAUCCUGACAAGAAGAAUAUGUGAACAGCACGGACUGGAUCAUGGACUGGAUCACGGACCGACUCGUUUCCAUCUGACGGCUUUCAUCUGAUUCUGUGUGAUGAAAGCAGCUGUUUUCAUAGAUGCACUCUGAUUUUUACUAUUUAACCAUCGAGAGUGAAAUUAACCCUUGUAUUUCUUCCUGUACUCAGUUUCUAAUCCUGAUGACUGUGUGUGUGUGUGUGUGUGUGUGAUGCUGGGUGUUUCUGUAAAUUCCUUUUGAUAAUGUAAUAAAAAUACUCACAAAUCAUAACAAUAGUGAAGAUGGCGGUGGAUCAGUGCUGUUGAAGUGAGAGUGUGGAUGAGUGAUGUAGACGGAUGAAUAAAACUCGUAUAUUCUCUCA